AUGCUGAGGGACACGGAUAUAGAUUCCCUGAACGGUCACCUCGUAACCCUCUCCCGCGAAAACCAGAAGAACCAUGACAAUCUCCAGGACCUGCUCGAGCAGUUCCGCAACCUUCUGGAUGACUACACUUCUCUGAAGAGCGACUAUGAGGAGGUGAAGGAAGGACGAGAGAAGUACAAGAGACAGGCUCGUGGCCAGGAUCGUAAUCCUUUCGUCCUGGUUUUGGUCGACGGCGAUGGAUACCUUUUCAAGGAGCAUUUCCUCAAGGCUGGGAGCGAGGGCGGAAUCAAUGCGGCUCGCGAGCUUAGUGACUCGAUCCGGGAGCUGAUGCACUCCACCAUGGGGAUGCAGGCUGACCAUUGCCGUAUCAUGGUCCGUGUGUACGCAAAUCUUCUGGGGUUGUCCAAGGUGCUCGCUCGAGCUGGAUUUGUGGGGCACGAGGCUCGCUCUCUGUCGCCUUUCACCUCGGCCUUUACUCGUGCCCAGGAACUCUUUGAUUUUGUAGAUGCCGCGGAGAAAAAGGAAGGCAGUGAUUUCAAGAUUAGAGAAAUGUUUCGUCUGUUCGUGGAUCUCAACCAAUGCCGCCAUAUCUAUUUCGCGGGCUGCCACGACACCGGAUACGGCUCUCUGUUGACCCCAUAUAGAGGCAGAAGCGACCGUAUCACCCUUAUCCAGUCGGCCUCCUUUCACCGCGAGUUCGAAAACCUGAACUUGCCUAUCAAGGAACUGCCCUCGGUGUUCAUGUCUACUCCCUUGAACUCCACCCUGCCCGUUUCCACCAACGGCAGUAAGCCCGCGCCCACGAUCAAUACCAAGGCGGCCUCCAAUGCUUUGAAUGGUACGAAGCCCGUGUGUAAGCACUAUCAAAAGGGUAUCUGCAAGUUCGGUAGUACUUGCAACAAGCAACACAUCAUGCCGAAUCAACAGUUGCCUUCUAAGCCAGCUGAGGAUUCGUCUAAACCCCUGUGGUCUACUCCGACGAUCGUUGGUCGCUCCCAGGAAUAUCUUUCCAUCAUGCUGCCACCGCAGAAUCUCAGAUCGCAGGAGUACAUUCCUAUCAAUAAAGACGGCGAUCGCCUCGACGCCUACACCUCUCAACCAUCCAAGGAUGCCUUGGAGGACUACCACCGCCGUGCCAAGGAGCACAAGGUCUGUAACAGCUAUCAUCUGUCUGGAGAAUGUGGCGACAUGAGCUGCCCGUAUGACCACAGCGAUGUUUCCAACUCGAUCAUCGACGUCCUGCGUUUCAUGGUUCUCCAACACCCUUGCCCUUGGGGCGGGACUUGCCGAUCCAUCAAGUGCAAUUCUGGCCACAUAUGCCAGAAGCCCGGUUGCAAGGGCGUGAAGAGCUGGCAGUGCCGGUUCAAUCACCGUGCGCACAUCCUCGAUCUGGAGGUGGCCCGGUGGGUUUCACCCCUCGAACAACAUGAACAUGAUUUGGACCUCGAGAGCCUGUCUCUUAGCGAUGACUCCUUUUCAGACACCUCUCCGCACACUCUCGUGUUCUGA